AUGUCUGACCCGACCAAUGUCUGCUGCUUCCUCGAGUGUGCCAAGCCCGCGCUGCCCAACGCCACCAAGUGUGCGUCGCAUAAGAACAAGAUCAAGUGCUCGAUCGAGGGCUGCAUGAACCAAGUCUACGCCCGGUACCUCUGCGUGCGCCAUGGCGGCAAGAAGCAGUGCCAAACACUUGGCUGCCACGAGUUUGCUCGCGGCGGCCCGCACUGUGUGACCCACGGCGGCGCCAUUGUCAAGCGCUUCUGCACCGAGCCCGGCUGCGAUCGGCAAGCCCACGCACGCUACAAGUGCGUUCGGCACGGUGGCGGCCGCACGUGUCGAGAGAAAGGUUGCGACCUUCACGCGCGCUCGAGCGGCUUUUGCCACCGGCACACGCAGCGCAAGGCGCGCGACGUGAUCAAGGAAGAGCCUCAAGCUGACAACGAUGGUUUCACGAGCUUUCUGGACAGCACGCUGCUCGAGACCAUUGCUUGGAGCCAGACGACAUCGGUAUCGACGGACGAGUCGCUGGACCACUCGAUCUUGAGCCUUCUCUGCGACUCGCUGGCGAGCCCGAAGGCCCAAGCGUGCUUGGCAGUCCCGAGUCCCGUCAAAGUCUCGUCGGCACUCUUGUUUGAACAAGCGAUUUAGAAAAGAGAUAUGUUAGUUAGUCGAUAUAGUGCUAGUUUAGUUUAUAGGAAGCAAUCCCAUACGCGUG